GAAGCCAUUCACACCACUCAGCUCUGAAUCCUCAGCCAUGCUGCACUUCACCAGGGGUUUGGAUUCUGCCCUUGGUCAUACAAAGGGCUCUUCUCUCAGGAAUCUGUUAUGAAUGUUAUACUUCUAUCAAACAACAGUCUCUUUGGAUACAUUGCGCAACAUUAGUUUGUAAAGAAGGAGUUUGUUUUGUGAUAUAUGGGUCCUUGUUUGGACUAAAGCGAUCAGGGAAACCAACGUAUAUCUCAACCACAACAGACUAACAUGCCUCCAAAGAAAAAGACCCUGAGGGACGUAGAUGGUCAUGAGGAGCGGAAUGCCCAGGUCCAGUUGGAGAAGGCCAAGUACAAGCCUGUGGCAUUUGCUGUGCGGUGUAACUUCUAUUACAUACCAGCAGACGACGACAACAUCCCAGUACCAGGCCAGGCUGUCACCUUCGAGGCCAGAGACUUUCUACACGUCAAAGAGAAGUUUAAUAGUGACUGGUGGCUUGGGCGUCCGGUGAAAGAGGAUGGAGUGGUGGGGUUCAUACCCAGUCCAACCAACCUGGAGACCAUCCUGAUCAGGAGAGAUGUCCAGGCCAGGAAAGCUGCCAAAGCUCUGGCCAGUAAAGCAGCAGUUUCUCAAGACACAAAUAAAAAAUACACCCCGCCUUCAACUGUUGCUCAAGCUCAAAAGAAGUCGGGGGAGCAGGUGGCAGCCUAUGACGUGGUUCCUACCAUGCGGCCUGUGGUGCUGAUGGGGCCCUCACUGAAGGGCUUAGAGGUAACAGACAUGAUGCAGAAAGCACUCUUCGACUUUUUAAAACACAGAUUUGAAGGGAGAAUUACUAUAACUCGUGUGACUGCAGACAUCGCUCUAGCGAAGCGGUCCAUACUCAACAACCCCAACAAGAAAGCCCUGAUGGACCGCUCAAACACACGCUCUAACCUAGAUACUGCUGCCCAAAUCCAGGGGGAGGUGGAGCGGAUUUUUGAGCUAGCCCGGAGCCUACAACUGGUGGUUCUGGAUGCAGACACAGUGAACCACCCCAUCCAGCUGUCUAAAACAUCUCUGGCCCCCAUCCUGGUCUACAUCAAGGUCUCCUCCCCCAAGGUGUUAUCAAGGCUGAUCAAGACCAGGGGUAAGUCUCAGACCAAACAUCUCAACGUCCAGAUGGUGGCUGCAGACAAGCUGGCCCAGUGCCCAACGGAGAUGUAUGACGUAAUCUUGGAUGAGAACCAGCUGAGUGAUGCCUGUGAGCACAUAGCAGACUACCUAGAGGCCUACUGGAGGGCCACCCACCCUCCAGAAACAGAACCUGUUAACCCCUUAGUGGAGAAGCUGGCAGAGAACACUCUGGCUAUCAGCCCUGCUCCAAAGAAGUGAGAUAUCUUUUUCUGGAUGGAGAGGGAAUUAAUAAGCCAUCUGCGAUGAAGAGGAAGGGUUCCCAUGACCACCAGGCUGACAAGCACACCCAGCCCGCAGAGAGGAGAAAGAAACAUCUCUCAGACAAUCACACACCCACGACCACCCUACAAACCACCCUAACCACCACAACUGCAGGACAGAGCACCACACUCAGCCUCAGUAGAAAGAGAAUAUCUCCAGCCUGGACAAAGAUCACUGCCAGUUGAAGAGGAGCGGGAGGAGGAGCACUACAGCCCCAAGACAGUCUCACAGAGACCAUAACCACCAUCACCAUCACCAUACCACCCCCCCCCACCACCACCCAAACCACCUCAGAACCAACCACCAUCACCACACAACCCCCCUGACUACCACCCAAGCCACCUCAGAACCAACCACCAUCACCACCCGACCCCCCCACCACCACCCAAACCACCUCAGAACCAACCACCAUCACCACACA